AUGUCAAACAAUCUAGCGGUGCUGAAUGCACUAGACAGUGCUCGUACCCAAUGGUACCAUGUUCAGGCCAUAGUCAUCGCCGGUAUGGGCUUCUUCACCGACGCUUAUGAUCUCUUCUGCAUCUCCACCAUCUCCAAACUCCUCGGCCGCCUUUAUUACUUCGACCCGGCGACGGGAAAGCCAGGGAAGCUCCCUCCUCAGGUCAACAACAUGGUGAUCGGGGUGGCGCUGGUUGGAACCCUGAGCGGGCAACUGGUGUUCGGGUGGCUUGGAGAUAAGCUUGGACGGAAAAAGGUCUACGGGAUUACUCUGAUUCUCAUGGUGAUUUGCGCCAUAUGUUCUGGUUUGUCAUUCGGGUCGACCGCUUCCUCCGUUCUCGGAACACUCUGUUUUUUCAGAUUCUGGCUGGGGUUCGGUAUCGGAGGAGACUACCCUCUCUCUGCAACUAUCAUGUCUGAAUACGCCAACAAGAAGACUCGUGGUGCAUUUAUAGCAGCGGUUUUUGCCAUGCAAGGCGUCGGUAUUAUCUUCGCCGGACUGGUUUCGAUGAUACUCUCGAAGAUCUUUCUCAAUGCUUACAAAGCUCCGAGUUUUCAUAAAGACCCGGUUUUCUCCACGCAGCCUCAAGCUGAUUUAUUAUGGAGAACUGUGCUGAUGCUUGGUGCUUUACCCGCUAUUUUAACGUACUAUUGGAGAAUGAAGAUGCCGGAGACGGGAAGGUACACUGCGCUUAUCGAAGGUAACGCUAAACAAGCCGCCAUUGACAUGGGUCGAGUUCUGGAUAUUGAGCUUGCAGCAGAACAAGACAAGCUUGCGCAAAUGAAAGCUUCCAAUGAAUAUAAACUCUUCUCGCCGGAAUUCUUCAGACGACACGGGCUUCAUUUGUUAGGCACCAUGACCACCUGGUUCUUGCUCGAUAUUGCCUUUUACAGCCAGAAUCUAACCCAGAAGGAUAUUUUCCCAGUCAUGGGUCUCACCCGUAAAGACGUUGAAGUCAACGCCUUGGAAGAAGUCUUCGAGACCUCACGCGCCAUGUUCGUUAUCGCUUUGUUUGGUACCUUCCCUGGUUACUGGUUCACCGUCUUCUUCAUCGAAACCCUAGGAAGAUUCAUCAUCCAACUCGUGGGUUUCUUCAUGAUGUCUAUUUUCAUGCUGAUUAUCGGGAUUAAAUACGAUUAUCUCAAGACCAAGGAGCAUAAAUGGUUAUUUGCAGCACUUUACGGUUUGACUUUUUUCUUCGCCAACUUCGGACCCAACAGUACUACUUUUGUGCUUCCGGCGGAGUUGUUUCCGACCCGGGUGAGGUCCACAUGUCAUGCUCUGAGUGCGGCGGCUGGGAAGGCCGGCGCCAUUGUUGGAGCUUUUGGUGUUCAGAACUAUACUUUGAAUGGUAACACGAAGAAGAUAAGACAGGCUAUGAUGUUUCUUGCCUUUACGAAUAUGCUCGGGUUCUGCUUUAGUUUCUUGGUGACCGAGACAAAAGGCCGGAGUCUUGAGGAGAUCUCCGGCGAAGACGGAGGCAAGAAUGAUAUGCAGAUGGCCGGCCGGGAGCCGUCGAGGGCUACCAUGGACAGACAAGGAAGCCGCGUGGAUUCGAUGUAG